CGAAAUGUCGAAGAAGCAUCUUCACAAUCAAGCUGCCAUUCCAUUGGCUCCUGCAGUGUUUAAGAAACCUCAACUGCGGCCGAUGAUAGCCGAGUAUGAUCCAAAGAAAAAGGGAGUCAAAAAUGACUUAUCUGAUGUCGUCAUGGUCAAGUAAGUAUCAGUAUCAGUGUUAUGCGUCUAUGCAUCACAUUAUCGGUCUUACAUGAGCAUCAAUCAUCGAUUUUACUAACCGAAAAUGCAUUUUGUGUCUUAAUAAAAUAGCCAAGUGUCUUUUCAUUUUAUUAUUGCUUGUUUAAAUUGAAUAUGAUUAGUUUUGAAAAAACUCAUAAAUUCAAAAGCAUGUUCACAGCUUGUAGACCAUUUAGUUAUCAAAAUUUAGUGUGUGACCUAAUGUAAACAUAGUUUUUCGUGAAAUUGAAUUGUAAUAAUAUUCAUAUAUUUUUGUUCAACAGGACAAUGAAAAAGAAAAUAUUAUCUAGUAAUCUAUCAUGCCUAACAGAUUUAGUAUUGGGUCCUAGAAAUUUUUGCGAUUUCUGGACCGCUGCACUUACAGGUCUAUUUCACAUUUUUCAUUGCAUAUUUUAAUGAUUUUUGUCGUUAAAAUGGUAUUUUAUAUUGUAUGUUGACUGUUAAGUACUUGCUCCUUAUACGAGCUAAUUAAACGCUCGUCGCCGUUCGGACGAUCUGGAAAGAUGCGUGCAGCUUCCACGAGAUCUAAGUCGCUCGACGACCUUGAUCAUCUCGCUAUGGACUCAUACACCGAUACAAAGUUGAUCCAAAUGAUAUCCCUGUGGAACAACAAGCGGGAUCAACACUCCCUCUUAUGGAGAUACCAGGCCGAGAUAUCGAAGGAGAUGAGGACUUUAAUCCGUUUGAACACCGAAAACUGGCUCACCCUACAUCGGACAUGGAUACGUUAAUUCACUUGCUAAAAGGAUCAUUAGGCAGUGGUAUAUUGGCUAUGCCAAUGGCGUUCAUGAAUGCGGGGCUUUACUUUGGAUUGGUGGCAACUUUCCUCAUCGGUGGAAUUUGCACAUAUUGUGUUCAUAUCCUUGUUAAAACAUCUCAUGAGCUCUGUAAGAGAAUGCAAAAACCAUCCCUUGGUUUUGCUGAAACAGCGGAAGCUGCCUUCCUUUCUGGACCUCCAGCUGCACAUAAAUUCUCACGACUUGCCAAAGCUAUGAUAAACUGGUUUCUGGUGAUCGAUUUACUGGGAUGCUGUUGCGUGUAUAUCGUGUUCGUGUCAAAAAACAUAAAGCAAGUUGUAGACAACUACACGCUUGAUAGCGAAUGGGCACCCCACGAUGUAGAUGUCAGAAUUUAUAUGGCAGUUCUUCUUCCUUUUUUGAUUUCAAUGAAUCUCAUUAGAAAUCUGAAAUACUUGGCUCCAUUUUCAAUGAUUGCGAAUCUUUUGGUGGGAACUGGAAUGGUUAUCACAUUCUACUAUCUCUUUCAAGAUAUUCCUGCUAUUAGUGAAAGAAAACAGUUUGCGGGUGUCGCCCGUCUCCCAACGUUCUUCGGCACGGCUAUAUUCGCCUUGGAAGGAAUCGGUGUUGUAAUGCCUCUUGAAAAUAACAUGAAGACUCCUACUCAUUUCAUCGGAUGUCCUGGAGUGCUCAAUACCGGGAUGUUCUUUGUCGUAUCACUCUACGCUUUAGUUGGAUUCUUCGGAUAUUUGAAGUACGGAGAUGGAACUUAUGGAAGUAUUACCCUGAACUUGCCACAAGAUGAAGUAUUGGGCCAAUGUGUCAAGUUGAUGAUCGCUGUAGCCAUUUUCUUCACAUAUAGUCUUCAGUUCUACGUGCCAAUGGAAAUAAUCUGGAAAAAUAUACGCCACAGAUUCGGAGCUAAGAAAAACCUCGCCGAAUAUUCUAUAAGAAUUGCACUUAUAAUAAUAACACUCGGUAUUGCUAUCGCUAUACCUAAUCUUGGACCUUUCAUCUCUCUUGUUGGUGCUGUCUGUCUCUCCUUCUUGGGUCUUAUAUUCCCUGCUGUCAUUGAAACCGUUACUUAUUGGGACAGGCCAAACGGGCUUGGCCGUCUCAAUUGGGUCCUAUGGAAAAAUAUGUUCUUGGUAUCAUUCGGAAUACUGGGUUUCCUCACCGGUGCCUAUGUAAGCAUUUUAGACAUAAUCAAAGGAGAAGAGUAAGACAUCAAUGACAAGACUAUAAAAUAUAAGGCUCAAAAAAUUGUUAAGGGUUACUAUCUUAUAAUUUCAUUUUACUUCAAUUUUAUACAAAUAAUACAAUUUAAAAUAAAUUUAAAGAAUUGUGUGUUAGAUAUUAUCCGUUGAGGUUUAUGCGUUCAAAUAUUGUUGUUUGAGAUUAACGAUUAUUACCUGACUUGAUUUUGUCUAGAAGGCUGUUUUUCUAAAGUUUUGUAGCCCGAAUCUCUGUAGCCAUUUAAAUAGGUUAAACGUUCUGUAGGUAGGAUCAUUAUAUAUAACUUAAUGAAUUGUGUGAGAAUUUUUCUAGUGCAUUAAUGAAAUGUGAUAAAUCAUUAGUUUAGGUAAAGCAUAAAUUACAUUGCGUAAUAUACUAAAAUUAUUUUAUUCGUUUUGAAAACGUUGACAAUAUGCUGAGAAUACCUACUGUAUUUUAAUGUUUUUGUAAUACAUAAAUAAUUUAUAAUUUCAGGAAUGUAUUUAAAAGUUGACUGUGAUGCUUGAUAAAUAUGUAUAUUUUUUAAACAAACACUUUAUUAGGUUAAACUGUUAAAUCAGUUAUACGAGUACAUUCUAUUUAAAAAUUAUUGGUCGUAAAUGCAAUGAGUUAUCAAGCAUAUAGUAUUGUAGUACAUAUUAUCUCAAGAUCUGCUAAAAAGUCAAUCGUAUCUUAUAUCUUAGCUGAAAUGAAAACUUACGUGGAACAUUAAAAGAUAUAUUUAUGAGUCAAAACCACGGGCAUUAUUAUCCAGUUCAUUUAACUUCUACUAAACAAAGGGAUAAUUAUAAUACAUAACAAAAAUACUUUGAGUAAGGCAGUUAAAAUAAAUGACUGAGUUUUACAUUAGUGCCUUUAAGAAUAAUUAUGAUUGUUAAAAUGCACCAUUUUGGAAUAGUCUAUAGAACUAAUAGAAAGUAAUAUCGCCUCGUUUUUAUUAUCCUAUGCUAUUCUAGUUUAGUAUAAUUUUUUGUUUAAUUGCUGAAUAAGUAUUAUUUUCAAGAAUUGCAUAUUCAACUACUUAAUUUUUACAUUAAUGAAAUGGUUCUUACCAUUUCAUUAAGAAAUAUUAAGUAAUUUUGGGAUGUUAGUAGGUAUUCAAUAUAAUAGUAAUUUCUUGUAUUCAUAUAAUAAAAAAAAAAAAAAUUCUGUAUUUCUCAGCCCAAAUUGGAUGUUUUCUUUCAAAAUCAUACCAGCAUAUAUUAUUAUAUUAACAAUAUCGUUGUUACAUUAACUGUCCGUAAUGGCUUUAGGCAAAUUGUGAAUGCAUUUUUAUCUACGAUAUACAAGAGCUCAAACACAGUUUUCUCAAAAAAUAGUAUAUAAUGGAACUAUUAGUGUAAUUAAAAUAUCAUCAAAAUUCACUAUUUUCGUAAAACUUUAAUACAAUUAUUUUGUAUCAAAUGUCUCAUAGGUUUUCUUAAUGAAAGAGAAUCAUUCCUAUUUUCAUAGAUAUAGAUACAUUUUAGUUUUAUAAUGCAAGUAUUACACAUUCACUAUAUGAAAUACAGCUUUUAACGAUUAGUUAACGUAAGGUUGUGUCAAUAAAACGGAUCGUUAUAAACUGUAUUUCAUAUACAUUUUACUAUUAAGUAAAAUUCAGUAUACCAUUCCGCUUACUUAAUAAAGGAGUGGACUCUGUUUUGUUACAGUAUUAAAUAAAUAAGCUUAAGGGUAA